GGUCGCUAUGCAGAACAGUUUAGUUGGGUCAGCGACGUUUGCGGCGUUACAUGGAAUAUGACUGCAACUGAGGAGCAAGGGAAACAAGAAGGGGAGAAGCUCAGCAGCGUCUUGCCAGGGCCAGAGCUGUUGGCCAUACCCGGAUUUGACUUUCAGCGCGGAAGCAUCACUUCAGCGGCUUUGAGCGAUGUACCGAGUGAUGUGAUUAUUAAAUCUAGGAUUAGAUAUGGCAGUCGUCUGUCCGCUUGCAAGGGUCUCCUGCUGGAGUACUCGAAGAGCACGACUAUUCACGGCAUACGCUAUAUAUUCGAGGUGCAUCGACCCAUUUACGAGAAAUUAUACUGGCUAGUGUUGACGUGCACUUCCGUCUACUUUGCGGUCUCCCUUAUUUGGGCAACCUACCUUAAGUGGCAAGACUCUCCGGUGAUUUUGGGUUUUGAUGAGACACUCGUUCCUGUGUACAAGAUUCCCUUUCCCACCAUUACAAUAUGUCCUGAAAUCAAAAUGGAACGCAACAUUUUUGACUAUGCUAAUGUAUCGCGACUGAUUUGGGAUAAAUACCAGCAGAAAGAGGACUUCUCCGACAUUAACGAUGAAGACUUGCAACGCAUGGCUGCCACAAUGCACAUUUGUGACUCGGAUGUGGCAACCAGAUUUGCCCCUUUGCUGUCGAAUCUACGCUCUGGCUUACCGCCACAGGAUGUGUCAAAAACCCUUGUGAAUUUGACCAUUUCGAAGAAUGUGACGGCUCCGUUUUGCAGAUGGAAUAAACGUUUCUAUUUCUGUAAUAAAAUAUUCGACUUUGUGGCCACCGAUGAGGGAAUUUGCUAUCAGUUUAAUGGACUUCGACCCAAGGAUAUAUAUCGAGAUGAACGCUUUGUCAGCUAUGUUGAUCCGGAUGUGGUUAGCUUUGACGAUUACUUCGAUGCCGAUUUACCUCCUCUCAAUAAGAUUACCGGAAAUUGGUCAUUGGAUACGGGCUUCGUCGAUCUACGGGCUCAGCGAACAAUUGCGUCGUCAGUGCGGAAUGGAUUCUUUGCAUUUCUGCAGGGUCUCGAGCAUAAUUACGACUACGACUGUCGCAGUUUUAAGCAGGGUUACAAGGUAUUCCUCAACUCACCAGAGAGUGUGCCGCUUACCUCAAAUAAUUACAUACUUGUUCCUCAUGGUCAUGAAGUUAUGGUUGGUGUGCUGCCCAAUUAUGUCGUGUCCACAAGUAAUUUACAUGAAAUUAGCGCCGAAAAGCGCCAGUGCUACUUCGAUGAUGAGCGCGCUCUUCGCUACUUUAAAGCUUAUUCGCAGAGCAAUUGCCAGACCGAAUGCCUGGCCAACUAUACCAUGGCCAAGUGUGGUUGCGUCAAGUUCUGGGUUGCAGAGCCCUUGGAUGUUCCAGUUUGUGGUGUAGCUGGAAUAGCCUGUUAUAAUGCCGCACAGGAUGAACUUAAUGCCUUGCUACAAAAUCAGACAAUGCAGAAGACUGUAAAUCCCAAUGUCAAGGUUAUGUGCGAUUGUAUGCCAGCCUGCACAUCGCUUGAAUACAACUUUGAAAUCUCCCGAGCUGAAUUAAAUUUAAAAAAAACUCUUAUAGCCUUUCGGGAUCCGUACAAACGCACUGAUGCUGUCGCCUCUCGUCUGACUGUCUACUUCAAGGAACAACAGUUCACUGCCAUUAAGAGAACAAUCCUCUUGGGUGUAUCAACGUUGAUAUCCAAUUUCGGAGGCAUAUUAGGCUUGUUUAUGGGCAUCUCCGGCUUGAGCUUCAUAGAACUGGUUUAUUUUUUCUCGAUGCGCAUUUGUGGAAGCUGCAGAGAUCGUCGAAAGCGUCAGGCCAUUCGUCCGAAAUUCCCAGAGGACAAACAAGAAAAGGAAAAAUUUUGAGCUGCAAUGAAAAUCAAAAAAUAUUCCUAUAUAUAUGUUAACAUAGAAUUAUAAUUCUUUUGUUUUGAGGUGUGACUUUAUUUGAUAUUUGAACGGUCUGGUCAGCAGAAAUUUUCCUUAUUAUAUUUGAUAUUUAAAUUUCUCUUAUAUUGUCCAAAUAUUUAAUAGUUUACUAGCGUGCUGUGACGUUGAAAUCACCCCAUGGGUUGAAAUAAUGCAAUUUUGUGGCGACCCGGAAUUACAUUUAUAUGGUAAGGAUGAAAAUUUCAUUGAACGCUGACAGGGGUAAUGAAAGCAGCUGCAGCAACACAACCAGAAGCGUUGUCGCGACUGACCCCAAAACCAACACCAACAUCAACAGCAAUAGCAACAGCAACACCAACAACUCAAACUGUGGAGCAUAACGAGAGAAUAACCAAUACGAAAACCAGAACAAAAACCAAAACCGAACAUCAGGGAAGAGCACAAUAACCGAAAUUAUAGCCGCUCUAAUGAGCAGUGACAAAACCGAAAGAGUGCACAAAUGUGGUGGCGGAGGGCGAGGCGGGGUGACCUGACAGCAUUUAGUAGGCGUGGCAACCGCAGGCAGCGCCACUCGCCAAAAUCGUGCAAAGUGAUUUUGGCCAAAGUUAAAGAGCUUUUUACCGUUGCCUGCAGCUUCAGCUGCAAUGCCAAUGGCCAUGGCAAAAAGCCAUUCCCAUGACAAAAUGGGCAUAAAAGUCACGUUUCGUUUGGGAAAGCUUUACAAAUUAUAAUGCCAGUAAGACUGGCUGUAAAUGAUGUCAACUCGCAACGACAACGUCACACUCACACACACAAGCCUUUGUACAUACAUCCAAGAAUGUGUCCCGUUAAUUGUGUGUAAAUUAAGUACUCAAGUAUUUGAUGCAGUCCGAGAAUAAAUUUAUG